CGGAGCAGCUCUCUGGAGGACGGAUGCUAAAUGAAGUGACAGCUUAUUUUUUUCUUAGCGUGUUUUGUUUGGUAUUUUGUGCGGUUUUAUGAGAAAGUAAAGAUUCCGUCGUGUUUACACUUUAAGACAACAGCUUUUGUUUGUCAUGAAGACAAAAGGAGCUGUUGGAUGGUUGAAAGUAUCAUAUUAUACUGUAAUUAUUUGAAGAUCUUCGCAGGAUGCAGAGGUGAUUAUGAUGCUUUAAGAGGGAGGUGUCACUCUGAGGCCUUGUUUGGAAACAGACAGACCGAACCAUUUCAUGUUCUUGCACACAAAGACGACCUGCCACCAGCGCUUCCGCCGGUAGAUGUUCUUGUCUCUGACGUUUUUCCUGUGGAGGAUCUACCAGCAUUGGACCACAAUGUUCAGCUCAGACCGGCUCACAGUCCCGGACUACGUCAGCCGGCUACAGCGAGGCAGGAGCGGCUCUGGGGGAGAGCAAAGACCGGUGUCUCCCGGGAUCCACGCCGAAGUGCAAGCGGUUCUGGAUACGUCACUCCCCGCCUUGCGCUCCGCCAUACAACGACUUAAAUCCGCCAAGGGAACGUCCGAUUCCAAUGAGACUCGCAGAGCAGUCGCGGAGAUCUUCCAGCUGGUGGAGGAGGCCUGGGUCCUCCCCGGCGUCGGACGUCAGGUGGCUGAAGAGAUCUGCAACAGGAUCCGGCUGGAUGGAGGCCUGGAGCUCCUGCUGCAGCUCCAACAGACACCUGCCGUGGAGAUCACCUACGAGUCCGCUAAGCUGCUGGAGCAGAUACUGGUGUCAGAGAACAGAGACUAUGUAGCCCGUCUGGGGCUGGGGGUCAUCCUGAACCUGACUCGACAACAGGAAGACGCCCAGCUGGCUCGCAGCGUGUCGGGGAUCUUGGAGCACAUGUUCAAACACACAGAGGAGACGUCGGUGCACCUGAUCAAGAACGGCGCCCUGGAUGCUCUCCUGUACUGGUGCAGAGGCACAGACCCCACCGUGCUGCGUCACUGCGCCGUGGCCUUGGCCAACUGCGCCAUGUACGGAGGCCACCGCUGCCAGAGAUGGAUGAUUGAGAAGCAGGCGGCCGAGUGGCUCUUUCCUCUCGCCUUCUCCAAAGAGGACGAACUCAUCCGCUUCCAUGCGUGCUUGGCCGUUACUGUCUUAGCGGCCAAUCGGGAGAUUGAAAAGGAGGUGGUGAAAUCCGGCACCUUGGAGCUUGUGGAGCCGUUCAUUGCAUCGCUGGAUCCAGAUGACUUUGCCCGCAGUCUGUCCGACAGCGCCGACUGCAUGCAGGGGAAGACGGCGUCCGACCUGCAGCACCUCCUGCCGUUGCUGGAUGGCACUAGACUGGAGGGGAAGUGCAUCGCGGCCUUCUACCUCUGUGUUGAAACCAGCAUCAAGUCCCGUCAACGCAACACUAAGAUUUUCCAAGAGAUUGGAGCGGUGCAAAGCCUCAAGAGGAUUGUCAUGUACUCCAGUAACGGAACAGCGAGUUCCCUGGCCAAGCGGGCGUUGAGAAUGAUGGGAGAGGAAGUACCCAAGCGUAUCCUGUCAUGUGUGCCCAACUGGAAGACUUGCGAGGUGCAGACUUGGCUGCAGCAGGUCGGCUUCAGUACCUUCUGCGAUCGCUUCCAGGAGCUCCAAGUGGAUGGAGACCUCCUGCUGAACAUCACAGAGCAGGAUCUGAUUACAGACCUUGGCAUGACUGCUGGCCUCUGCCGAAAAAGGUUCCUAAGAGAUCUACGUGUGCUAAAAACCUACGCCAACUACGCCACAUGCGACCCACACAACAUGGCCGACUGGUUGACAGAAGCGGACCCUCGUUUCCGCCAGUACACCUACGGCCUGGUCCAGUCUGGCGUGGACCGCAACAACAUCCAGAGCCUGACGGAUCAGCAGCUCCUGAACGACUGCUACAUACUCAACGGAGUCCACAGGGCCAAGAUCUUGGCGGUGAGUCGGAAGCCGCUAAGACCCUGCAACACAGACGCCCAACCCGCAGGGCCCGAUGUCUUCAUCAGCUACCGCCGCACCACCGGAUCACAACUGGCAAGCCUCCUGAAGGUUCACCUGCAGGUUCGAGGGUUCAGCGUCUUCAUCGAUGUGGAGAAGUUGGAGGCCGGGAAAUUUGAGGACAAACUGAUUCAGAGCGUGCAACGUGCACGGAACUUCAUCCUGGUCCUGUCUGCCAACGCUCUGGACAAAUGCAUGGGAGACACCGUCAUGAAGGACUGGGUGCAUAAGGAAAUAGUCACGGCCUUGGCGGGGAAGAAGAACAUUGUUCCUGUCACAGACAAUUUCGCUUGGCCUGAUCCAGUGUCUCUUCCAGAGGACAUGAGAUCAAUUCUCAACUUCAAUGGUAUCAAGUGGUCCCAUGAAUAUCAGGAGGCAACAAUUGAGAAGAUCCUGCGCUUUCUUAAGGGAAACCAAGACCUACUGGAUAGCUCCAAAGAGCAGAAGAAGAAAUAAAAACUACUGGUAGGUUGCAGUAACUCCCAAGUGAUGCCAAAAAUCCACUGAACUGGCCAGCGGUCGUCUCCGUAUGUGUUAUCAGGUACAGAAUACGCCUUUUGUGUCUCAGGAACAGUAGAAGGUUUAACAUGCUCAUAUGUAUGCUACUGUAUACCACAAUUUUUCAUUUUUUUAAGUUUACAUGGCAUAAUUAUUGCUAUAUAUAGUAUAUAUAUUUACAUGUACACUGGCUUUGGAAUGUCAUGUAAUCUGUGAAACUACUGGUUCAUAUUUAAGAUUUGCCUCUAUUCUCCAUUGCGUUCGGUAUGUAUUGGUACUAAGCAAAUAUUAGUCAGCUGGAGGAAAACGCAUUCUCUAUGUAUUUAAGCUUAAAGGACUAAAAUACAUGUAGCAACAGAGAAUACAAACAGGAAGCACAGGGACAUAAUGUCGAUGUAGAGAGGCGGGUAUGGGAUUUAAUCUUUGUCAAACGCCAUCUUUUAUUAUUCAAUAAAGGAAGUACAACCUGGCAAAGACACCGUUCAGCAUUCUUUUUUCAUAAAGUGCUUAUCAAAUUGAUCUACAGAAUGAAAAGAAUGUAUCAUCAGACGUAUACGUUUAUUAUUUAUUGAAGAAAAACUUUUACCAGUACAAAUACAGGUAGGAAAUACUAUCAAAGUGCAAUUCUUUUCAGUUGAGAACUUUGUUUUAAUGGCAUCAUAACCUUCAUCACUUCACUUCUCAGUCAAACAUUAAAAAUUAAAUGAAUAAAACACAUACAAAAACAGUACUGACAGAUCAUAGAGGAAAAAAUGCAGAUUAAUCCAAACAAGCUUAACCCCUACACUUCCCCGAGUGCAUUUUAACGCCGAUUAGGCAGCUCACAGUACUUCUAGGAUGUGACCCCUGAGUCAUGUUGUGUCUGUCCGUGUGCUUGGGGACUAUCCAGUGUUGGACCAUCUGCUUUGAGGAGGUCAGCAGGGGGUGGAACUGUAACUCGGUAAUCCCUAACUGCUGCUACCGUUUCCCUUUGUUCUGCUGUCAAUUAUUCACAUAUUUAUGUAUUUAUUACAGUAAGAUAAGGAUGUAGCUAAGUAAAUAUAUUGCAAUUAAAUUAAAUGGUACUGUUAUAUAGUAGGAAUUCACAUUUUAUAGCCUGAUAACUAAUGACUAUCAUUUAAACUAAUAACAGUAGUCUUGUCUAUGAUAUGAUUACUUAAAUAUUGCAUUGACAUUUGUAUUAAUUGAAAAAAUAAAAAUUCAUUAACUGAGUAACACUUUCAGGCACCUUACACAUUUUUAGAGAUCAAAGGAAUAAAAGCAUAAAAACAUCUUACAAAUGUGGAGUUAAAAGUUUUCCCUUCAUUGUGCUUUUGAUGGUCAAGUAUGAUCGUUUUUAGUGAAAUCAGUCACUAAAUGGUCGAUUCUUCCCACUUUCAAGUAAAACUGUGGAUGAUGACUAGUCUGUCCGGUAUGCUCUGAAUAUAAACACAAGAUAAACAUCUUUGCCAUUGUCAGGAUGCUGUAGACUCGCUUAAUUCUCUCCGCUCCAAACAUUGCAGCCUCCUGGAGAGACAGUGGCAUACGUUAUCAAUAUACAACUACAGUAAUUGACUUUCUUUUUUUUUUUGCUUGAUGCGUGGAAUGGAGACUCACCCAAUUAUUCCAGCAGGGAUGAGGAGGAUGAUGGCGGCAAACAGGAAAGCAAAGCCCUUCAUGAAGUGCAGUGUGGCCGGGUAGAGAGCGUUGAAAAGACCACUACCCACCAGGAAACACAAGCUCUCCACACAGGCCACGGAGGAAAAGAGCGCACCUGGCAGAGAGCACACAUUUCAGCAUGAACAACCAACAGCCAAAACAAAUAUGGAGUGCAAUUAAGUGACAAAGCUAAUUUAACUUGGUAUAUAAUCUGACUAUAGAUUCUACAUAUGGAUCCUGUGCAUUUAUAGCACGUGAUACGUGACUAGACUAACCUUGUUCGGACUGGCUCACCAGCUUGGACAGCUUGGACCGGAGCACAGGUGUAGAAGCCACAAAGAACAGCAGCAGACCAUAACCUGUUGAUGGACGAAGUAGAAACACAACAUUUGAGGAGAAAUAUGAUCUCAGGGAAGAACUAAAUUAGAAACACUUAUAUGCUAGGACUACGUUAAAAAGCCAUAGCAUUUCAGUAUGUGGAAUCAAACUAUGGAAUGGAUUGAGUAAGACCCUCAAACAAUGCACAACGAUGAGCCAAUUCAAGAAACAAUACAAGCAGUUGAUGUUUGCUAAAUACAAGGAUGAAGAGUCUUGAACCAGUCAUGAUGUGCUAUAUAUAUCACUAUAUUGACACUUACUAUGGUACACAUUAUGUCAUUGGAUGGUCAUAUCACCUCGUACUUCGGUACGUGACAAAAAAAAAAAUUAGGAAAGCAGGAAGUGAACAAAUGUAACAGUUACUGUUGUAUUGUAAAAGUACCAGAUGGAGGAGUAGGAUUUAAUAAGCUUUGCUUCUUCCUACUCCUUUUGGACAUGUGGAACUGUGAAUUGAUUAUGGGAUGCACUCAAUUGUAAUCUGAUGCAUAUUCAAAUGAAAUAAAACCAUUACUAUGAAUUGUAG